GUGGAUGGGUUGAAAGUACUGUUCCCUUAAGGGACUAAAGUGAAGCGGAUUACAUUUUACUGAGUGACAGAGAAUACCAGAGUGUAUAAAAAGACCCUGUUCAAGUGAGAAGCAGGUAAAUCUGCUUCACCCUCACCAGAUACGAUGUGUUGUUCUUUUUUGAUUCCUAUCUCAUAAUGGACCUUUUUAACUCUGCUUUAGGAAAAAACAUCACCUUUGUGCGGCCUGCAUAUUUCAUUGUCAGAGGAUUCAUUGGUAUCCCCAAUGCUGAAUAUUACUAUAUCUUUCUACUGUUUGUCUACAUUGUUUCUGUGCUGGGAAACACAUCCGUGAUGGCUCUGAUUUAUCUGGAUCAUAAUCUGAGGACUGCAAAGUAUGUGGCCGUUUUUAACCUCGCCUUUGUGGAUUUGUUGGGUAGUACGGUUCUGGUUCCAAAAGUCAUUGACAUCUUUUUGUUUAACCACUACAAUGUUCCGUAUAAUGAGUGUUUGACGUUUCUGUUCUUCUGCUUUACAUGUCUUUCAAUGCAGGCUCUUAACCUGGUUGUUCUUUGUUAUGAUCGCCUGGUUGCUAUCAUGUUUCCUCUGCAUUAUCAAGUCAGAGUGACCCCAAAGAUCAUGCUGUCUAUAAUCCUUUCUUCGUGGCUCUUUGUCAUAGCUGCUAUUUUAACAUUAGCUGGUCUUUUAACAAGACUUUCCUUCUGUAAAUCAGUGGUUAUUGAUAGUUAUUUCUGUGACCACGGCCCGAUCUACAAGCUAGCGUGCAACGACAACUCUCCCAGUUUAAUAAUUGGAAAUUUGCUGAUUGUUAUUAUUCUCUGGAUUCCUCUUGUGAUAAUCAUGUCUAGUUAUGUUUGUAUCGGUCAUGCACUGGUCAAGAUUUCUACACCUCAAGAAAGAGUCAAAGCCUUUAAAACAUGUACAGCUCAUCUUUCAUUGGUUGGAAUCUAUUUCAUACCAAUUUUAAUCACCUUUAUUAAGGUAAUAAAUGUUCAUCCAAAUGUUAGGAUUAUUAAUCUGUCUCUGACCUCUGUCAUCCCUCCUGUUUUAAACCCAAUAGUUUAUGUCCUGCAGACACAAGAGAUUAAAGCAUCAUUUAGGAAAAUUGUACAAAGUAGAAUGCAGUUAAAAGUUACAGAAAGUAGUAAUGUGAAUGCAAGAUUUUAG